AUACCCUAAAAAUAAAAAAGAAAACGAAAGAAAAUCGAGUAUCCCAAAUCCCAAUUCCUGGAACGGAGUGGUUGGUAGUGUGCGGUGCGGUGUUUCCUUCUUCUUCGUCAUCUUCAGGUUCCCAAUUACACGACACCAUGAUCAUGUCCUUUCAAUUCGCAACCAAUAACAACAGCAUCAUCGUCUAUUCAUCAGCAACCUAAAAUUCUAAACCUAAAACACUACUCCAUUAGAUUUUAAUUUCAGACUAUAAUUUCUCCAACGUUUUUGGUCUUCGCUUCAAUUCCUAGGGUUUAUCGUUAUUCUUAUAUGUUAUUAAAUUAAAUGGCUGCCGCCGGCAACGAGGAUGCCGACGCGGUGCUCAGCGACGUCGAGGACGAAGCCGGCGAUCCUGGUCCGAUCGCAACAAAAGCUCCGUCUCCGGAAGACGUCUCCGUCGAGAAACUACGGGAGCUUCUAGGCGAGCUUGAUCGGGAGCGCCAGGCGCGUCUCGCCGCUGAGAACUCCAGGUCCGAACUUCAGGUGUCGUUCAACCGCCUGAAAGCGCUGGCGCAGGAGGCAAUCAAGAAGCGCGACGAGUUCGCCAGGCACCGUGAUGACGCCGUUCGCGAGCGCGACGAGGCGCUGAGGAAGAACGACGCCGUUUCCUUGGAACUGGCAGAAUCUAAGAAAGCAAAGGACGAGGUUGCAAAGCAGUUGGAAGAGGUUGCGAGGGAGAGGGAUUCACUAAGAUCGGAGAUUGGGAAUUCAAGGCACAUGCUUGAGACUGGCAUGGAGAAGAUUUCCGCCAAGGUCAGCAGCUUCAAGAAUUUCGGGCCUAAUGGGCUUCCACGGUCGCAGAAGUACACCGGCCUCGCAGCCGUGGCUUAUGGUGUGAUCAAGAGAUCCAACGAGAUCGUUGAAGAGCUCUUGAAACAGAACGAUGCGACUUUGAAGUCUAGGAACGAGACUAGGGAACAGAUGGAGCAGCGGAAUUACGAGAUUGCCAUUGAGGUUUCUCAGCUUGAAGCAACAAUUAGUGGACUCAGGGAUGAGGUUGCAAAGCAAGGUUCCUCAAUUGAGGGUUUGGAGAAGGACUUGGCUGAUAGGGAUAGGAAGUUGAGCGAGAUGGAACAUGAGAUGAAGGAGAAGUUGAGGGAGGGACAAGGUGAAGCAUCACGGUUGAAGGAGUUUCUUGUUGAGUGUGAGGAUAAGUUGAGUAAAUUGGAGGCGAGGAUGGAGUCAAUGCGGCCAUUGUUGAUUGAUCAGUUGAGCUUUGUUUCAAAGAUUCAUAAUCAAAUUUGUAAUGUUGUUAGGAUAUUAGAUGAUCAGAAUAGCUCGGAGCUUUCUGAGUCGUUGUUUGUGCCGCAAGAAACUGAUGUUGAGGAGAAUAUACGUGCCUCUUUGGCUGGCAUGGAGUCUAUAUUUGAGUUGACUAGGAUUGUUGUUCAAAAGGCAAAGGAUUUGAUUGAGGAUAAGGAUCGUGAAAUUAAGAGAUUGGAUGAGACCGUAACUCGUUUAGUUAAGGAAAAGGAUCAAAUUGGCUCCUUACUAAGGAGUGCUUUGUCAAAGAGGAUGAAAUCCGAUCCAUCUUCGAGAAAGAAUGAGCUGUUUAAGGCUGCAGAGAAUGGAUUGAGGGAGGCUGGGAUAGAUUUCAAAUUCAGUAAGGUUCUUGGGGAUGGAAACGAUGCAGUUUCAAAUGACAAGACAGAGUUAACUGAAAAAGAGGAGGACGAAAUAUACUCUCUGGCUGGAGCAUUGGAGCAUGUUGUAAAGUCAUCUCAGCUUGAAAUCAUUAAUCUCCACCACACUGUCGACGAAUUAAGGGCAGAGUUGAGUUUACUUAAGCAGCACAUAGAAGCUCAAGCUAAAGAGCUUGACCAUAGAAUGCUCCGGAUAGAGGAACUUGAAGAGAAGGAGAGAGUAGCUAAUGAAAAUAUUGAGGGGCUAAUGAUGGACAUUGCUGCUGCCGAAGAAGAAAUUAACAGGUGGAAAGUGGCAGCAGAGCAAGAAGCUGCUGCAGGUAGAGGUGUUGAACAAGAAUUUGUGGCACAGUUGUCAGCACUGAAGCAGGAACUUGAAGAAGCAAAGCAAUCCAUGUUAGAGUCAGAGAAGAAACUAAAAUUCAAAGAAGAGACUGCAGCUGCUGCCAUGGCUGCAAGAGAUGCGGCUGAGAAAUCUCUCAAGUUGGCAGACUUGAGGGCAUCUAGACUAAGGGACAGAGUGGAGGAGCUUACUCAUCAGCUCGAAGAGUUUGAGAACCGGGAAGAUUCAAGGGGUCAAAACAGGCCUAGAUAUGUAUGCUGGCCAUGGCAGUGGCUUGGCAUGGACUUUGUAGGAGUUCAGCAUCGGCCUGAAACGCAACAGGAGGCUUCUAACGAAAUGGAGCUUUCAGAACCCCUCUUAUAGUUGGAUCUUUUUUAUGAUCUUCAUUUAUUUUCUUUUCUUUCAAUCUUUUUCUUUUUUUGGUGUAUUUAUGUUGAUUUCUUCAAGUUUAUGCCAUAAAUUCGUAGCUUAUAGCAACAGGUUCCCACACGCAAUGCAGCAACGGUGGUGUUUAGUACCAUCUUGGUUGUCCUGUACAAUCCUUUCAUUUGAGUAAUUUGCACAUACAUUUUCAUUACAUUACACGAACCGAAGAGUCUAAGAUUUGCAGUCUUGUUUGCCCAAUAAACACAUUAUACAUUA